AUGGCUAAGGCUCUCUGCAAUCUUCAGCGAGAUAUAACAUUGGAUAAUGGCAAAGCUCGUUGCAAACGAAAAAGAUCAACAAAAAAGCGCAGGUCGUCGAAGCCGUCGGAGUGUAUAGCGAAUUUUCCGACAUGGAAAGAGCUGGUACGUUGGGCUAGGGUUGAUGCUCAGUGUCUAGAAGAACGCUGCAAUAUUGGGUAUAGAGCUGCCCCUAUUCUUCGACUUGCUUUAAUGUUUGCCAAUGGGAAACUUGAUGAGGAUGAGAUCACCAAACUCGAACAAUCUUCCGACCCAACAGCCUUCCAAUCUUUGUAUCAAAAGUUGUUGGGAAUCAAAGGCUUUGGCCCCUUUGUCUGUUCCAAUAUAUUGAUGUGUGCUGGAUUCUAUCAGAGGAUUCCAUCUGACACUGAAACAAUCAGACACUUGAAACAGGUACAUGGCAAGGGGAACUGCUCUAACAACACAAAUGCAAGAGAUGUUGAGGAAAUUUACGGCCAAUAUGAUCCAUUUCAAUGUUUGGCCUACUGGAUGGAACUGGUUGAGGAAUAUGAAAGCAAAUCUGGGAAACUGAGUGAGCUAGAUGCCUCCAGCUAUCAUCUUGUUACUGGUUCUCUGUGUAGGGACAAGUGA